AUGUUUAGAAUUGCAACCAGAAAUUUGGAAAAUCUAGCAAAAGAACAUGAGAUAAAGGAUUUAUUAUCGAUUACUUGUAAGAAUGGCGGCCCUAAAAAUUUACCAGUUGCUGAACAUUUUAUUGAUGAAAAGGAUUCUCAAAAAGAUAAACCUAGAAUAGUUGUACUUGGGUCAGGCUGGGGUGCUAUUUCAGUUUUAAAAGAAUUGGAAAAAGAUAAUUAUCAUGUUACUCUGAUCUCUCCUCAAUCACUUUUAGAGCCAAUUAGAAGUAUAGUCAAAGGAACAGAUGCACAUUAUUUGGAAGCUACUGCAACAGAUAUUUGUUUUGAUGAAAGACUUGUAGAGGUUAAACCGACCGGGGACUUCUCGCAAUCUUUUUAUGUUCCUUACGAUAAACUUAUAAUCGCUGUAGGUUCUCAAUCAAUUACUCAUGGAAUUGAAGGAAUCGAACAUUGUCACUUUUUAAAAACAGUAAAUGAUGCUCGUAAAUUAAGAAAAACAAUUAUUCGUAAUUUUGAAAUGGCUUCUUUACCAACAACUUCACCCGAAGAGAAGAAAAGACUUUUAAGUUUUGUUGUCUGCGGUGGAGGACCAACUGGUGUGGAAUUUGCUGCCGAAUUACAUGACUUUUUGAAUGAAGAUUUAGUCAGAUAUUUCCCAGCUGUUCUUAGAAAUGAAGUGAAAGUUAGCAUUAUUCAAAGUCAAGAUCAUAUAUUAAAUACAUAUGAUGAAAAGAUUAGUAAAUUUGCCGAGAGUAAAUUUCAACGUGAUAAUAUCAAUGUGAUCACAAAUGCUCGUGUUCAAAAAAUCGAACCAAAUCAAAUUGUUUAUAAAAUGAAAAAAGGGGAUAAAGAAGAAAGACUUGAUUAUGGAUUGUGUCUCUGGUCAACUGGAAUUGAUAAUAGACUUCGUCUUAAGGGUGCACCUGAUUCUAGUGUAUAUGCGAUUGGGGAUUGUUCCACCGUCGAAAAUCCAAAAUUAGUUCAAAAUUUAAUGCAAUUUUUUAUUGAUGCUGACACAGACAAAAAUAAUUGUUUGAGUUACGACGAGUUUCAUGAAUUAGCCAAAAAAAUAUCAAGGCGUUACCCAAUUACCUCUAAUCAUUUAAAGAAAGCCGAUUCAUUAUUUGCUCGAUAUGAUGUAGAUAAAAGUGGCACUCUUGAACUGGAUGAAUUACAAGCAAUGUUGAAUGAUAUUGAUAAACAACUUACUGCUUUACCUGCGACAGCACAAGUUGCUCAUCAACAAGGCAAAUAUUUAGGCAAAAAAUUAAAUAGUCUAGCACUGGCAUCAAAAACCAAUGUACUGCCAACGCCAUUGGAUUAUUCAACAGAUACUGAUAAUCCCGCGCCGGACACUGAUGAUCGAUUAGCACCAUUCAACUAUGCUCAUUUGGGCUCGCUUGCAUAUAUUGGUAAUGCAGCCGUAGCAGACUUUGGUACGGGUUGGACUUGGAUGGGUAAUUGGUCCGCUGUAUACCUUUGGAGAAGUAUAUAUCUGAGUGAACAAGUUUCAUUUAGAACUAGAACAUUGUUGGCUAUUGAUUGGUCAAAGGAGAGUUCACUAUAUCGUAAGUAUGCAGAAAGGUCAGGGUCUAUUAUAAGCAGUGUGACUACAUUAGGAAUACAAGGUUAUCUGCAUCGUGGAAAAAAAGCCAACAUUGCUGUAUCAGGAAAACAAGACGUAUUACUUCAAUAUUGGUUAGAUUUGCAUGCAUGUGCUGCAAGUUACACAUUUGUUCUUCUCAUUGAAAGGUUGCCAAGUGAGGUUAUCCCACUAAAAGAUACAGAAUCUUUCAAAAUUGAGUUUCUUGCUGAAUAUAGUAAAUCUUCUACACCCGGACCUAAAAAAACAGCUUAUUAUCUGAAGAAUCCCAGCAGAGGGCCUGCUCCUGAGCUAAUUACCGAGCCUGAACUCAUUAUAUAUAAGGAUGAUCAACUUGAAAGAAUGUAUGAGGAUGCAAGGUGUUGUUUGGAAGAAUUUAACAAUGAUACUGAUGACUUUGGUUGGAAUUGUUUUAUUGAUCAUAAUAAUUAG